AUGAACUCCGGUCGUCCUUUCAACUACGCAACUCCCUACUCGGGUCCUUUCUAUCAUGCGAUUCCCGGCUCUGAUAGUAGGGUCUAUCUGAACAAUAAACUCACGAGGGAAGAGAUCGAUAAGGCAGUCCAGGUGACCCGCCAGUCUCAAGUGCGUUUCGGAUCCCUGGGGAAAGACAGCAAUGGCGAGCAGAUGAAGAGCAAUCUUCUGCUACGCCUUCCGCCUGAGAUCCGCAAUCGCAUCGCCGAGUACGCGCUAGAUUUGGGUGAUGACCCUGCAGAAAAACAGUUCAUUGUCUGUCCUCCAAGUUUACAAAAACCUCUCUGCGAGGGCUUAAGUAUACUUUCUUUGUGUAAGCAGAUCAGCGCCGAGACGCGCUCCAUGCUCGAAGCCCGCGCUACAGCCUACAUCCCCAUCAUAGCUGACAUGAAUUUCUGCAAAUUGGUUUCCGACAUCAAUGAAAAAGGCAACGUAUCACUGUCAGAGAUACCGAGUACCGUCUUUGCUGGCCUUACAUCCUUCACGCAUGCGCAUCUCCAUCUUCAUGUCAACUACCAUUCCUCCCCCUUCCGCCGGGACCUGAGGCGUAAUCUUAGUCAGGAUAUCGCUCAUAUCUAUGGUGUAUUGAAACAAGCACUUAGGAUCUGGGGAGCUGCAUCUGAGCAAAAUUUUGCUCAUCUCAAGGAGCAUGGGUUGAAGCGAAAGGCAGUUUUGCACCUCGAUCACCUUUUCUCUGACUGGCGGGGCAUGGUCAAGUUAAACAAAGAAACCAACAUGCAUCAAAUUCUCAAAAUCAUGAAUUCUGAUACGACCACUGAGUGGGAGGUACACUAUUACGUACCCGUUCGAGGCACACGCGCAGAUGACCAUACAGAGAACUGGCGUGCACAAAUUUUGGUAUGUGAGUUGAAUCUCGAGAAAAUUUUCUUUAAGCCAUUUCCUAGCAUCAAGCUGGUGCCAGAAGUCUACGGCAAUCUGCAGGAUAGGUUUAAAAACGCGGAAUUCUACACGGAGCGCAUCUUGCCAAGCAGCACGUUGUGGCCGUCUUGGCCCGAGGAUGCUCCUUGGAGGAUGUGUCCCCGGGUGAGGUCAGACGAGUUUGAGCCAAUUCUAGAUAGACGUACAUGA